UGCCUGCAUUCCCGUUACUAGAGCAAAAUCCACACCAUACAUAUAACCCGGUGACGGUCGCAUCCAUGUUGCUUUGCGAUCUAAUGUAGCGCUGCCCCUCCCCCUCCAAAGGCACUUUAUCUCGCACGCGGCGCCACCAGCCCCUCCGAACGGAACUUUCCCAGUUGUUUGCUGUUUAUUCUCACGCAUUCGAAGCUUGUAGGGAAAACCUUUUUAAUCUUCACUCACCUGCCUAGAAAUAUUCCUCACUUCUCUUUUUUUCUUUUCUCUGCCAACUCCUCACCUGUCAAGCACUUCUCCAGCCUGCCCUUCGCGCUUAGCCCUGGUGUUCCUCUAUACUUGUCCCAAUUGUCCUCAAUAUCCAUCAAUCUUAUAUCGAUCAACGGAAUACGAAGACCAGCGGUCUAAACAAAGACUUCCACCAUGCCGAAGAUCACUGAGAUUCUCUUCGACUGCGACAAUACCCUUGUCCUCUCCGAAGAACUCGCUUUCGAAGCAUGCGCCGAUAUCGCCAAUGAGAUCCUCGAAAAGAACAACAUCGACCAUCGCUACACCGGCGACCAGCUCAUCGUCGACUUCGUCGGCCAAAACUUCCGUGGGAUGAUGGUCUCGCUGCAGGCCAAAUUCAACUUUACUCUGACCCCAGAGGAACUCGAGGCCUAUGUGAAGGAGGAAGAAAACCGUGUAAUCGCCAAGCUCGUUGCCAAGGCAAAGCCCUGCGUUGGCGCCAACGAAGAGCUCGAGAAGCUCGCAAAGUCCGGAAAGUAUGGCCUCGCCGUCGUCUCUUCCUCGGCUCUUCGCCGUGUCAGGGCAUCGAUCGAGAAAGUCGACCAGGAUAAAUACUUCCCCAAGGAUCACAUCUUCAGCGCUGCCACCUCGCUCGAGAAGCCCACCACCAAGCCGGACCCAGCCAUCUACCUGCACACCCUCAAAGUUCUCAACAAGGAGCCUACCGAAUGCGUUGCCAUUGAGGACAGCAAGAGUGGUGCAUUGAGUGCCAUUCGUGCUGGAAUCCCGGUCAUCGCUUAUGUCGGCAGCUAUAACGGCACCACGAAACAGACUGAAAUGGCCAAGACUCUUCUUGAUUUGGGUUGCAAGGUCGUUAUGAAGGACUGGGCCGAAUUCGAAAAAUGCCUUGCUGAAAUCGAGGCCGCCUAAAGAAACAAAGAGGUUUUAUGGGGACGCCUCUUCAUAGCGCUCUACCCUCGCUUUUCGCCUCACGACGGUAACACCUUGAAACGAUGGAAAAAGAAAAAAAGAAAAAAAAGGAUGAAAAGUUAAUAAAUAAACGCAAUGCCUGCCGAUGCACAUGUUGCGAUACACGCGAUACAGCUCCUAGCAUUUUUAUUUUCUGAUCGCUCUAGGAACAUCGAUCAACAAUCGCCAAGGAAAGGCGUACUGGAAUGUAAUUUCAUUCUACUUGCAUUAGACAGGAAGCAUAACGAGCAAAUCAAAUAAAAACAUAGAUGCCGCACCACCAA